AACUCUACUUGCACAGGGUUUUACUGUUGUCAUGACAACCGGCGCUUACAGAAAAGUCCAAAUUUGGCUUCUGACAGCUAAAGUUGUCUUCUCCGAACAGCCUAGUCUUUCCUGAAACUUUAACUGCACAGAAAUUGUUGUACUCAAAUGGAUUCAGGUGAGUUCUUUUCAGAAAGGCUACGCCCCGGUUAAAAUGCUUUCGACGACCUGCAUAGGUGUUACGGCGAAGUCAGGAACAGGGAGACAAAGCAAUGGGCACACAGCAACUCCAGUCUGGGAAGAGAGACGGCAUGGGUUUGGUGUUCAUGAGUGGCCCGACGGAUCCAGAUAUGAGGGCGAAUUUGUGAACGGAUUCAAACACGGUAGCGGAAGGUACACCUGGAGAAAUGGAGAGUACUAUGAAGGCUCUUUCUUCAGAGACUACAGGCAUGGGGAUGGUCUGUAUUAUUGGCCUACAGGUCAUAAGUUCAUUGGCAAGUUCUACCUUAACAGAAAGGAAGGAUAUGGACAACAGCUGUUCCCUGAUGGAGCCACCUUUCAGGGUUUGUACAGUGCUGAUCAGAGGUUUGGUCCAGGUGUGGUUAGUUAUCCAGAUGGGCAUCAGGACAUGGGUCUGUGGCUUGGGGAGUGUCUGCUAAAGCUUUGUACCUCUGUAGAAGAGGGCUUUAGCCUGAAGAACUUUCCUGAAUAUGCAGCCUACGUGGACCCAGAUACCACCACUGAUUUCCUGACGGAGCCUCCCAUUCUCUCUAGUGGUUCACAGACAGAAGCCAGGACAGACUCUGAGAUGCAUCUGCUGUCAGAUGAAAGUUUUAUCCUUCCCCCCGACAUGGAGAUUUACUCAACAGAUGGUGACCACUUGCCGUUGCCUCCUGGCCGGAGAAGGAAGCUGGAUCAGCUUUUUCAUGGCGAGCUCUGGGAGCCAGACACGUAUCCUCACCGAGGCUAUGAGCGAGACCCAUUCUCCACACUGCCCUUACAGGAUCGCAUGCACAUUCACAUACACAAACACAGACGACAGGCUGAAAAUGUGGACUGGGAUGUGGCUGCCCUUCUCUCUCAGAACAGGGAAGGUUUUGGUCCUAAAGGGCCUUUGGAAGUGAGUUCGGAGCUGCUGAUCCAGCAUGCGUCCCAAGGGGAGCAUCAAGCUGUUUCUCAGAUCCUCCAGUCUGGUUUGGUCCACCCUGAUGUAGCAGAUUCACGGGGACACACUGCACUCAUUGCUGCCACAGUAAACUGCCAUAAUGAUGUCAUCCAGCUGUUACUGGAUAUGGGUGCUGAUAUUGACAAGUUGAAUUGUGAAGGCAUGUCCGCCCUUGCUGUAUGUCAUGUCCUCUACUACCCUUUUCAGUCUCUGCACACCACUAUGGCCAAACCACCCGCUCAAAGUCAAGUUUUAGAGUCUCCAUCUACAUGUGGGAACAGUCCCCAGAACAGCCAAGUGGACUUCAGUAACAGCAGACCUGAGGCUGCUAACACAACUCUGAGCAACCAAACAAACCAGAGCUUCUUCUCUGACCAGACAGUAGAAGAACUAACACAGCACAUCUCACAUCACAGCAGUGAAGCACCAGAUGAUGGUGGUGAGCUCACCACUGAGCACUGGCCUGGUCUGAAUGAAAAUGAAACCCCUACAGAUACUGAAUGCCUGCAGGAGGUGGAGAGAGAAAAAGACAGCAAGGAUACAGGAGGAGAGGGAGAGGUUCAAGAGAGUGAGGAAAGCAGCCGCUGGGAGGUUGAGGAAGAGAGAAAAGGGGGUGAAAGAAAGGUGGAAGAACAUGAUCAAAUGUGGUAUAAUGGAGAAAGUGAGGUGAGAGGCCAGGAGAGAAUAACUGUGGAGCUGAGAGAGGACAUUAAGGAAAGGUUAGAGGAGAGAGUGAGGAAUAUCCAUGAAGAGGAGGCAGAAGAGAGAGGAAGUGAGGGCGUGCCUGGUGUGGAGCGCUUCAUUCAGGUGUUGGACGGUCACAUUGCACUGGGUAGUGUGCAGUGGAAAGAAUGUGGAGCCAAGGCAGUAGGAAGAGUUCAGAGGCAGGACAAAGAUCAGACCUUUGACUCUGCCUGCUCCAUCAGCAGCUAUAACAUCCAGGUUACAGAGGAAGCGAUGCAGCGCUCAGCAGAAGCCCUGAGUCGCACAGGGAUGCCUCAGCGCUCUGACACACAGGAGACAGUGCGCAAAAUGGCUGCCAUGAAAAUUGAACACCGUGCACGUUUGAACACCCUGAAGCUGUUGCUGGAUCGGGGAGCUGACCCCAACAUAUCCAGAAUCCCCAUGUCUGUCCUCUUUUUGGCAGUUAUGGCAUCUGAUGCUGAGGCUGUCAGACGAUUGCUCCUAUGUGGAGCUCGGACUGACAUUCCCCUUUCACCUAAGAGAAAAGGCCUUUAUCCCCUGCAUGUAGCUGCAGCACUGCCAGGUCCAGCAGGUCCCAGAAUCACAGAGCUGCUGCUGUGUGCUGUUACUGACCCAGACGCUCAGGCAUGUGACCAAGAUGAAAUCUAUGAGCCAGAUAAGAUUUUCACAAAGGACCAAGAAUUACUGGUAACCAGUUCCAAUGACAGCCCCAGUCUUAAAGAGGGAGGCAGAACGGCCCUCCACGUGGCCUGCCAGAGAGAUAGUGACUACUGGAAUGCCAGCAAAGUGGUAGCCCUCCUGCUGUCCCACAGCGCCCAUACAGACCUCCUCUGGAGUGGACACUCACCUCUCUCCCUGGCUAUAGCAAGUGGCAAUGACCUGGCAGUGGAGGAGCUGCUGAAAGGAGGUGCAGAUCCCAACAUCCCCUUGGGCCACAGGGUGGGCAGCACUCUCUGUGCCCUCGCCAACGUCCACUACCACUUUGGUGGCAACAGAGCUAAGCUGUUGAACAUGUUAACUAAGGCUGGUGCAGAUAUCCUGAUGCCAGUAACGGUGGGUGAUGUUGUGGGAACCGUAGUCGAUUAUGCGCACUACUCCUUCAACCAGGACUUGCGUAUUGCCAACACUCCCUUCCACGCCCUGAACAUGCAGGAAAGGGAAAUGUUCAAAUCACGGCACGAGCUGCUGAGUCUGAUGGGAGAUCUACUGAGACAGACUGCUGGUCAGAGGAAAACAGAGAAUUUACAGGGACAACAACAACUCACCCUGAGUGCAGGUACCAGUACCACAGAGAGGUUCGUGUGUAUGGAGCCAGGUGCCAUUUCCUCAGACGGACCCCUCCUCAGUCAUCAAAGUCUACCACACAUAACAGAAAAACACAGGAAAUCAGAGUUUAAGUUCUGCUAUCACUGCGGUCGCUCUGUGUCUGUGAAGCUGACUGCUUGUAGCCGAUGCCACAAGGUCUUCUACUGCUCCAAGUCCUGUCAACAUAAAGCAUGGAAUGAAAGACACAAGGAGGAGUGUAUGCGGGUGUCAGCAUCUGCUGAUGGCAUCCAGAAGAAUGUUGUGUUUAAAGGCCCCAGGCCCUUGAGUGUCAAGUUGAAAUCCCCAAGAGCCCCCAUGCCCUCAACAAUGGCAGAGAAGGUCUUGGAGAGCCAAGUCAACCUGAAGGAAAACUACAGUUUCAACUAAACUUGAACUUUUAUCAACCUAAAAUUGUAAGACACUUCUGUUACAUAGUUUCUUUCUCAGAUUCUGACUCUUAUGCAAUAAUAAUUUCUCACUGGCAUAUUUAUACCUGUAGGUUUACAGUCUAUCAUACUGUAGGAAUAAUGUAAUAAUAUCUGUCUUUGUCUGUGCUGUGCUAUUGCCACAGAAAUAUUGCAAACACUGAAUAGCUACUUUUAUAUGUCUACAAAAUUAAUCCAAAGAGAACCAGUACCAUUUUUUGGCACAUGACUUCACUAUUGCUGCUAUUGAUAUUCAUUCCAUUAUAUUCUCUGAUUGGUUUUAAAAUGGCCAAGUUACAGUAAAAAUGAGACAAACUAUGAAUUCAAAAUCCAGUUUUCCUGAGCUUUCAGUUGUAUCUUGUGAUCUUCAUCAGCAAACUUAUUUUUGACAUUGGGAACAGUCAUUAGACAAAAAACUAACUUAACUCAAGGCAUGUUACUAGUCUUUUUCAUUACUUUCAAUGAACUAGUUAUGUACUUAUGCAUCACAGUGCCUUCACUGAAUCUAGCUUCCAUUCACAGAUUAAAUCAUUUCCUUUUUUUUGCUUUCUUUUUUCCUCUAGCGCCAAGCACUGUCAGCUUUACUCACAAGAUAUCUCUAACAGCCAGAAUAAUACAACAUUUUCUGAGCACGUUUUAUACUUCCAAUGUGAAAAAGUUGCAUCCUGAUGAUGUUGCCGUGAUGUAAUGUCUUUUCCUGUAGCACCACCCUCAGGACCAACAUAAAAAGCUCCAAGGAAAAAAACCAUUGUCAGUGUAGCUUGCCUUGUGUACCAUGUCUGGUAUUUAUGUCUAGUGCUGGGCAAUGAACAAGCUCUCUAAGGCUUUCAUAACAGCAUCACGCUUGUUUGAGCAAAGAAAGAGGUGAGUCAGCAGAGCAGGAGGGACGGGCAACAAUGAACUACACUAUUAUUGCACCUCCAAGAUUCCACGUUACACCGUUGGCAGACGUCGAUAUUAAUAGGUGAAAGACUGAGGCAGUAUGAGAUUUCACACCUACCACCACUGGUCCUGACCUUUGAACUCCCUCAGAACUACCCAUCCUCCUCU